AUGAUGGAGAAAUCAAUAGUAUUCAUUCAUUGUCUUAUUGCGUAUUAUACUUCAAUAUAUUAUUUAUAUAUAUCAAUAUUCAAGUUUAAUUACGUUGACGAGUUCACCGAAUUUGAAUCUAAAAUAAAGGAAGUUACAAAUGCUACUCAGUAUGAAAAAAAUUGCGGAAGUUUCAAACGAAUGAAGUUACAAAGGUAUAGUGUUCAUGAUUCAUUCAAAGACUCUUGUGCAAAAUCAUUGGAAUAUGUAAAAAAAUUGAAACUGGAUAAAUCAUCGAGUAUAGUUCCAUUUUGUAAAUAUAUGCAUUACUGGUACUAUGAUAUGGCAAAAUCAAACAAUGGUUUUCCAUUUUAUUCAUCAAUAUUACUAUUUUUCAAAGAAUUUGAGAAUUUUAAUGAUUGCAAAUUAUAUAUGGAAGAUAUUGACAGCAAACAAUAUCAAAAAAUUGCAGAUCUCGUUCAGAUGUAUGAUGAUUUUAAUGACUUUAAAAAUGAAUCUAUAACGAAAAGCAAUAAUGAAUGUAAACAUGGUGAUAAAUAUUAUACUUUAUAUCAAAAAUAUGUAGGGGGGUGUAAGGAGAAUCAUGAAAAUCCAUUUUGUUUGAAAUUAAUUCAUUUCAGAGAAUAUUAUAAUGAGCAUAAAAAAGAUGUUAAAUACUGUACGAAUAAGCUUCAGUACUUAACUCCAAUAAUAAGUGAUUUAUCAUCUACCAUUUUAAUACCAACUGCUGCAAUAUCAGCAAUGUCUUUUGCUUUUUAUAUUUCUUACAAGUUUACCCCCUUGGGAGCAUGGUUACGUCCUAGAUUACCAGGUGGCAAAAAGAAAGCGAAUAAAAUAUAUCGAGAAAUGAAUGAGUGGAAAGGUACUACGGAACUGCAGGGAAGUCAAUACAAAGUACCAUACCAAUCUUCAUGA